GGCAACUUGCAAAUGUUUACAUUUUUGAACCACACGUGUUAUAUUUUAGGCACUUGAAUAAUUUUAAUAAGUUUUCUAAAAAAGAUGGAGCAGGAUGAAAAGCAACAUGAAACGUCAGUGGUAGUUACAGAAAAUGGCCUUCCUGAUGUUGACUUUCAGAAAUUGAUUGAGCAUAUAACAGAAGAAGAUAAAUUUCUGAGGAAAUUAAUUGAUACUAUUCCGGCAAAAUUGUACUUCAAUCAAGAAAUUCAAAAUAAAAUUUCGAUUGAAAAGGAGAUGACUAUGAAUAAAGAAGCAGAAGAUCUAAAGAGAAAGUUUUCUCGUUAUGAUCCUUCUGAUAAAUUCAAACAAAAGAGAGCUCGUUUUGAUCCGACGUAUCAGAAGAGUGUGUCACAAAUUCAAGAACAAUGCAACAAACAAAAUCGAAAGAAAAACAGGAAAACAAAAGAUAUUACUAAUUCUUCAUCUGUGUUAGCAAGAGCUGCAAAUAUCGAAGAACUUCAAAAACGUCUUCAGGAACGCAUUGAUCAGCUUCAAAUGAGACGUAAAAGUUGUAAUCCUUCUGAUACUGCGGAAAAGGAAAAAAUUAAAAGGAAAUUGAAGAAAAUGAAAAGCAAACAGAAGAUAAACCUAGUAAAAAAUAUAAAUAUUAACAAUAAAGAUCAGACUCCAAAAGCAAAGGAGGAGAAAUCUGAAAUCAAACCUGUUUUUAAUAAAGGCAGUAACAUCAUUUAUAGUAAACUUGAUUUUACAGAAGAUGGACAUGAGGAAAAAAAUAAAGACUUUGUGAGUAAAAAACCCAAACUGCUUCUUAAAAAAGCUGAAAAGAAGAAAGAAAAAUUAGAAGAGUUGCUAGCAACUGAUCCUGAGAAAGCUAAGAUAGCCAUUGAAAAAGAUAAAUGGAAGAAGGCAAUACAAAGGACAGAAGGCAUGAAAGUGAAAGAUGAUCCUUCUUUGUUAAAAAAGUCUAUAAAAAAAGAAAUGAAGAAGAAAAAGAGAAGUUUAAAAGCAUGGAAGGAAAGAACUGAACAAGUUGAAACUGUGAAGAAAACUCGACAAGAGAAAAGGUUGAAAAAUAUCAAAGCUAGAAAAAGGGAAAAACUUGAACAUAAAAUCAAACGAGCAAAGAAGAAAGGGCGUGUAAUUCCUGGUUUCUAAAUAUUGUGCAUUCAUCUCUCUGUAACUUAAAUUAGUGAUAAACUUAAAAAAUUUGACCUAAUUUAUAGUUAUGUAGCAGCUUUUUUUAUUAACUUCUUCAUUAAAUAUGUAUGUAUGUGAAUAAGUUUCAUAUAAAUGUCACAAAUACAUAUUUUUCUAAAAAUUUUAAUGCAUCGUGAUUUUGACAAGUCUAUUUAUAAAUACAUUAUGUAUUUUCUUGAUUGUGUACUAAGUUUUCAUAGAAAAUAUGUAAGUCACUCAAAGAAUACAAAGAUCUUUCAUCAGAUAGCUUUGUUACUGAAAUUAUUUAUUUAUUGUUAUUUGCAUAUUUUGCCUCUUGCCAUGUAUAAUUGUUCAGUAUUAUUUUAAAUGAACUUUUUAUAACUUUGAAGUUAAAAGGCAACUUUAAAUAGACAUGCAAGAAAAAAUAAUUGUUUCAAUCAUAAGGUAUUGUCUUCAGACUAGAAAAUUGCAGAUUUUAACCAAAUUUUAAAUAGAUUUUCAAUAAAUUUCAAACAGCGCACAGACAGUAUAGUGGUUAGAGGAGCCUACUCAAUUACCAAAGUUCGAAUCGUAAAGAAGGCAUGUUUAAUUUUCUGUCCUUUUAAAGAGGCAAUGGUAAUCAACUAUUAGGCAUCUCCACAAUAAAAUGGUCACCACUUCUAGCCUUAAGAGUGGCCAGUGCUGAAUAGGCAAGUGCCCGCCAUUGGAUUUAAAAUAUAUAUAUAUAUAUCAAAUUAUUGCCAUAAAUUUAUGAACAAUUUCUAUUUGAUAUUAUAUAUUUUAUGGUGGUUUUUACAUUUUAUUGAUCCUCUUUAUUUUAAGAACAUUUUGUUGUCUGUUACAGACUUCUGAAGACCUCAUUAUUUGAUAUAUAUUUUUAAUAAACUUAUUCGUACUUCAUAUGUUUAUCUUAAAAUUCUUUAUGCCUUUUAUGAUAGCAUACUUGCAAAACAAUUUUUUUAAGAAGUACAGAAUUUUUCUUGUGGGACUAUUAUACAUAAAAUUGGAUUUCUAAUGUUAUUUUCAAAAAUAUAAUAAACUGAUAAGAAAUAUUUCUAUAUUUGUGAGUUAAUAAAAGUUUCACGUAAGCAACAGAAAAUAACUGUUAGCUGAUUUGGGGAAGUGUAAAGAAAUGAAUUUGCUCUUUUAUUGACUUACUUGUGUUACAAAAAAAAUAAAUAAAUAGAGCCACCACUAA